UCUCUGUGUUGUUGCCGGCAUGUGGUGAUGCAUCUGGGUCUGAUGGCAUGUGUCUGUGUGUGCCAACUUUACAUGUGUCCUGGGGUCUGAGAGUUGGUGACAAGUGGGUGUGUUUCGGUUGUGUCGGUCCAUGUGUGUGUCCAUGGAGGUCUGUUUUGUGUUGAUAUGUGUGUGAGUACUGAGGUGUGUGGGUCUUAUCUAUUGCGCGUGUGUUGUCGGGAGGGGCAUGUGUGUUUGAGAAGUGUGGCAGUGCCUAUUUGGUGUGUGUUUCUGUCUGUGCUUGUGAGGGCUGCACAGUGUGUAUGUGUGUGUCUGUGGGCCUAUUAACAGUGGCUCAGCGGGUGAGAUCCUGACAGUUUGUAUAUGUGUGUGUAUGGGGUGGAGGGGAUGGGUUGUGCCAGCCACUCUGCAUUGUGGGGAUAGUUCUUCCUGUGGCCUGUGUGUAUGUGUGUGUCCACGUUUUGGUCAGUGUUUGUAUGUGUCUGUCCUGGGACAUCUCAAUGUUUCUGUGCAAAUGGGAGACGAGGUGGGAGGUCUGGCUGGCCAGUCCUGCGUGAGCCUUUGUGUGUGUGUUGUGUACCCUCCACACACACCCCUUUGGGUCCUGUGUGAGUCCCCAUGUGUGUUGCGAGGCAUCACAGUGCCUGGCUGCCCUCCCUGUGUGCCCAUCACUGUGUUCCGGAAGUUAAUCCCACCAGCCCAGGCCCUGUGUGAGUCCCACGUUGGGCCCCAGGGAGCGCCAUGGCCCGAGCACGCCAGGAGGGCAGCUCCCCCGAGCCCGUAGAGGGCCUGGCCCGCGACGGCCCGCGUCCCUUCCCCCUCAGCCGCCUGGUGCCCUCGGCCGUAUCCUGCGGCCUCUGCGAACCCGGCCUGCCUGCUGCCCCCGCCGCCCCCGCCCUGCUGCCCGCCGCCUACCUCUGCGCCCCCACCGCCCCGCCCGCCGUCACCGCCGCCCUGGGGGCCCCCCGCUGGCCUGGGGGUCCUCGCAGCCGGCCCCGAGGCCCGCGCCCCGACGGUCCACAACCCUCACUCUCGCCCGCGGAGCAGCACCUGGAAUCGCCAGUGCCCAGCGCCCCGGGGGCCCUGGCGGGCGGCCCCACCCAAGCGGCCCCGGGAGUCCGGGGGGAGGAGGAGCAGUGGGCCCGAGAGAUCGGGGCCCAGCUGCGGCGGAUGGCGGACGAUCUCAACGCGCUGUACGAACGGCGGAGACAAGAGGAGCAGCAGCGACACCGCCCCUCCCCCUGGAGGGUCCUGUACAAUCUCAUCAUGGGACUCCUGCCCUUACCCAGGGGCCGCGGAGCCCCCGAGAUGGAGCCCAAUUAGGUGCCUGCACCCGCCCGGUGGACGUCGGGGACGUGGGGGGCAGGACCCUCCCACCUCCUGACGCCCUGGCCAGUGCGGGGGACUUUUUCUGCACCAUGUAGCAUACUGGACUACCAGCCCUGCCUGUCCCAGGGGCGGGCCAGGGCAGCCACUCCGGACCCAGCCCCGGCCUAGCCUGCGGGGCACUGACGGAGAUGUGGACUCCUGGGUCCCUGGCUGAGGAGCCAGGGGAGAGAGGGCUGACGGACUCAGCGUCUGAAGGCGGCGGUGACCGAGGCGGUGGGGACUGAGCCGCCCGCCUCUGCCGCCCAUCACCAUCUCAGGAAAGGCUGCUGGUGCUGGCUGCCCGUUCCAGCUGCAGGGGUGACACUGGUGUGUGGGGGGGUGUCUCUCUCUCUCUCUCUCCCAGUGUUCCUUCACUUUGGGCCUGGCCUCAGGCCCCUGGUGCUUCCCCCCCUCCUCCCGGGGAGGGGGCCCGUGAAGAGCAAAUGAGCCAAACGUGACCACUAGCCUCCUGGAGCCAGAGAGUGGGGUGUGUCUGACGGCCGCCCCAGCCCAGCGCCCAGCCAUCUUCCCUGAGCCAGCCGGCGGGUGGUGGGCAUGCCUGCCUCACCUUCAUCUGGGGGUGGCCAGGAGGGGCCCAGACUGUGAAUCCUGUGCUCUGCCCGAGACCACCCCCCGCCCCCCCAUCAAUCCCAUUGCAUAGGUUUAGAAGAGAGCACGUGUGACCACUGGCAUUCAUUUGGGGGGUGGGAUAUUUUGGCGGAAACCGCCCCAGCCUUAGUCCCCAGGGCGAAGCGCUGGGGGGAAACGGGGAGUCAGGGAGGGGGGGAAUCUCAGAAGAGGGAGGAGUCUGGGAGCGGGGAGGGAUGGCCCAGCCUGUAAAAUACUGUAUAUGCGCUGCUGUAGAUACCGGAAUGAAUUUUCUGUACAUGUUUGGUUAAUUUUUUUUGUACAUGAUUUUUGUAUGUUUCCUUUUCAAUAAAAUCAGAUUGGAACAGUG